AUGGUUGCUCUCGACUGUGUAUCAGUAAAGGUCCCGUGGUUCAAUGGUGUCACGCUUGACAAAAGGCCCUGGAUGAAGCUGGAGCAUCGACAUCUGCUGCCUGCGGCAUCUACUUGCGCGUGUUUGAAUGCCUCAGCCGCUGAUCCAAAGGUGCCAUGGCUGCACGACCCGCUCUAA